AUGUCUUCUGAAGGGGCCCCCAACGGCGCGGGUCACCGCCGUAGCUCAAUCACCCAAGCCGCUCUCUCAAACCUCUUUCAACGUGGUCCAUCCAACAAUUCGAGUGGCGGUAGUGGCCAGAUGAAUAGCUUUGAUCCUCAGCGGCGACGGUUGUCAGUUACUACAAUCGGCCUCUCUGGCACGUCACCCACCAACCCGCCGACCUUUAACAUGCGCCGCGGCAGCAUGUCCACCAGCUCCGACUCUAUCGACGAGAAUGCUAUCGAGGAUGAGGACGUGCCCGGCUCCGCUAGAACCGCCCCGAACACGCCUUUUGUCCGCCGUAUGAGCUUCGGCGCUUCGGCCAUGAGAGGGUACCGCCCUGGUGGCAACAGUCCUGGCAACGGUAAUAGCCCAGCCUCACCCCCGUCGUCUCUCGGACGAAGAGCCUCACAGAACCAAGGCUCUGUAAUCGGCGCUGCUCUAUCUGCAGCGAACCGCCGAGCCAGUACUGCGAGGCCUUCUUCCGCAGUUACACAGGCAAGCAACACCACGCCUUCAAGAGCCUCUUCUGACAAUGCCAAUUCUCGUGCAGACCAGCAGGGCUUCAAUUGGUCCGAGCAGCUUAGGUCUCGAGCUGAGAGCUCUGUCUCCGCCGGCUCUGUCUCCGCCGGCCCACGAGCUUCAUUCUCACUAGCCUCCUCGCCCCCAAGAGGAGCAUCCCACCACGAUCGGGCCAAAUCCGUCUCCGACAUGAUGCAACCGCCUGUUCAGACACCGCCGCCUGUACAGCAGCCCAAGCAAGAACCACGCAAGCCAGAUGCCUUUCAGGAGAGAAUUCUCAAGGGUGACUUUUACAUGGAUUGA